UUAGCCUUCUUUUACUUGUUCCAGUAUUUUCUUCUUCCUCAUAUCUCCUUCUCAAACACAAUCAACCAAAAAAGAAUUUUGAGAGAGCAAGAUGUUCCCAAUUGUGCUUCUCAAGCUUGUGGAAUGGAUUUUGUACCAGCUUCUUGCUAACUCUUGUUAUAGAGCUGCAAGAAAAGUGAAAAGUUUUGGUUUUCAUUUGGGACAUCUUUCACCUAAAACACCACACCAACCUUCCUCUUUCCCUAGUAUUACCAAAUGUGACUUGGAGAGUAGAGGAUCACAAUCACAAACACUUGUUUGUGACAUUCAUAGAGUUAUACUGAGGUCCCACUCCUUUUUUCCUUACUUCAUGCUUGUUGCCUUUGAAGGUGGCAGCAUUUUUAGAGCAUUUGUUCUGCUUCUGUCUUGUCCUGUACUUUGGAUUUUAGACCAUGAGUUGAAGCUUAAGGUCAUGACUUUCAUAACAUUCUCUGGUUUAAGAGUGAAGAACAUGGAUAACAUUUCAAGGGCAGUUUUACCCAAGUUUUACUUGGAGAAUCUCAACCUCCAUGCAUAUGAGGUUCUGGCUUCAGCAGGGUCUAAAGUUGUGUUCACAAGUGUGCCUAGAGUGAUGGUGGAAGGGUUUCUCAAGGAGUAUUUGAGUGUCGGCGCUGUUAUCGGCACUGAGUUGCAUGCUGUUGGUGGCUACUUCACUGGUUUGCUUGCCGGCUCAGGCUUACUUGUGAAGCAUAGAGCUCUCAAGGAAUAUUUUGGAGAUAGAAAGCCUGAUAUUGGAAUAGGAAGCUCAAGUGUUCAUGAUCAUCAUCUUCUCAUUUCCCUUUGCAAGGAAGCUUAUGUUGUGAACAAUGAUGACAGCAAGAACAGUGUGAUGCCAAGGGACAAAUAUCCAAAGCCUCUAAUAUUCCAUGAUGGAAGGCUUGCAUUCUUGCCUACUCCCUCAGCAACACUCUGCAUGUUCAUGUGGCUUCCCAUUGGGAUUCUUUUGGCAAUUUACAGAAUCCUCCUUGGUGUUCUCCUUCCUUAUGAAAUGGCAUUGAUGUUAGGUGUUUGGAGUGGCAUAGAUAUUCAAGUCAAAGGCUCUAUGAUCCCUGAAAGAUCAGAACCUAACAAAGGGGUUCUCUAUGUUUGCACACACAGGACUCUCUUGGAUCCUGUUUUCCUCAGCACAUGUUUGGCAAAGCCUUUGACUGCAGUCACAUACAGCUUGAGCAAAGUUUCUGAGUUCAUAAGUCCAAUUAGAACAGUGAGAUUGACAAGGGAUAGAAAACAAGAUGGUGAAACCAUGCAGAGGCUUCUAAAAGAAGGGGAUUUGGUGGUGUGUCCUGAAGGAACAACUUGUAGGGAGCCAUAUUUGUUAAGAUUCAGCUCAUUGUUUGCUGAAUUAGCUGAUGAGAUUGUCCCUGUGGCUAUGAAUGCUCAUGUUAACAUGUUCUAUGGGACCACAGCAAGUGGUUUGAAGUGUUUGGACCCAAUUUUCUUCUUCAUGAAUCCAAGGCCUAGUUAUCAUGUUGAGAUUCUUGGAAAGCUGCCUAAGGAACUCACAUGUGCUGGAGGAAAGUCAAGCUUUGAUGUGGCAAAUUAUAUACAGAAAAAACUGGGUGAUGCUUUGGGAUUUGAGUGCACCACACUCACUAGGAGGGAUAAGUACAUGAUGCUAGCAGGGAAUGAUGGGAGUGUUGUUCAACAAGAGAAGUGGAAAAAGUGCUUGUGAAUCUUGAUGAUGUUACUCUUUAUAUCUUGUUUUGUACACUUGUGUUUUGGUUUCACUUUUUGUGGUUUUGUUUGUUAUUGUUGGAUGACAUUUAUGAUUGUGAUUUUAAGGUAGUGUCAAGCAUAUUUAGGUACACUUGAGACUCUUAAAUGAAAGCUCAGCCUUUGUUGAUCGAGAAAUGUACCAAUUCCCUAUUCCACACAAAAAAAGGUGAACAUAGGAUAUAGUUUACCUGAAUUCUAGCUAUACAUACACAUCUAGAAUGAA